AUGAGGAUAAUUUGCAGACAGCUUGUCUUGUUGUUUUCUGGCUUUUGGGGACUAGCAAUGGGAGCUUUUCCUAGCAGUGUGCAAAUAGGUGGUCUCUUCAUCAGGAACACAGAUCAGGAAUAUACUGCUUUUCGAUUAGCAAUUUUUCUUCAUAACACCAGCCCCAAUGCUUCCGAAGCACCUUUUAAUUUGGUUCCUCAUGUAGACAACAUUGAAACAGCUAACAGCUUUGCUGUAACAAAUGCCUUUUGCUCCCAGUAUUCUAGAGGAGUUUUUGCCAUUUUUGGACUAUAUGAUAAGAGAUCAGUACAUACCUUGACCUCAUUCUGCAGCGCCUUGCACAUCUCUCUCAUCACGCCGAGUUUCCCCACGGAGGGUGAGAGUCAGUUUGUGCUGCAGCUGCGGCCAUCUCUGCGGGGAGCCCUCCUGAGCUUGUUGGAUCAUUAUGAAUGGAACCGUUUUGUCUUCCUGUAUGACACAGAUCGAGGUUAUUCAAUACUUCAAGCUAUUAUGGAAAAAGCAGGACAAAAUAGCUGGCAAGUCAGUGCCAUCUGUGUGGAGAAUUUUAACGAUGCCAGCUACAGGCGACUUUUAGAAGAUCUGGACCGAAGGCAAGAAAAGAAGUUUGUAAUAGACUGUGAAAUAGAAAGACUUCAGAAUCUCUUAGAACAGAUCGUGAGCGUAGGAAAGCAUGUUAAAGGAUACCAUUAUAUUGUUGCCAACCUGGGAUUCAAAGAUAUUUCUCUGGAGAGAUUUAUGCAUGGAGGAGCCAAUGUGACUGGAUUUCAACUAGUAGAUUUCAGUACUCCAAUGGUAACUAAGCUGAUGCAGCGCUGGAAGAAGCUGGACCAGAGAGAAUACCCAGGAUCUGAGACCCCACCAAAGUAUACAUCUGCAUUAACCUAUGAUGGAGUACUUGUGAUGGCUGAAACUUUCCGUAAUCUUAGAAGACAGAAAAUCGAUAUUUCAAGGAGAGGAAAUGCUGGUGAUUGUCUCGCUAACCCUGCAGCUCCAUGGGGUCAAGGCAUUGAUAUGGAGAGGACAUUAAAACAGGUUCGAAUACAAGGAUUGACAGGAAAUGUCCAGUUUGACCAUUAUGGUCGCAGAGUCAACUACACCAUGGAUGUAUUUGAGCUGAAGAACACAGGCCCUCGGAAGGUUGGUUAUUGGAACGACAUGGAUAAAUUAGUUUUGAUUCAGCAUGAACCUACACUUGGAAAUGACACUGCAGCUAUGGAAAAUAGAACCGUAGUUGUCACUACCAUUUUGGAAGCCCCCUAUGUUAUGUUCAAGAAAAACCAUGAUACCUUUGAAGGGAAUGACAAGUUUGAAGGAUACUGUGUAGAUCUGGCGUCAGAAAUUGCAAAACAUAUUGGUAUCAAGUACAAAAUUGCCAUUGUCCCUGAUGGAAAAUACGGAGCAAGGGAUCCAGAGACAAAAAUCUGGAAUGGGAUGGUGGGAGAACUUGUUUAUGGGAAAGCAGAGAUUGCUGUUGCGCCUCUGACCAUCACUUUGGUACGAGAAGAGGUCAUUGAUUUUUCUAAGCCUUUUAUGAGUCUGGGGAUAUCCAUUAUGAUCAAAAAGCCCCAGAAAUCUAAACCAGGAGUGUUUUCCUUCUUGGACCCUUUGGCGUAUGAAAUCUGGAUGUGCAUAGUCUUUGCCUACAUUGGUGUCAGUGUGGUCCUGUUCCUAGUUAGCAGGUUUAGCCCAUAUGAGUGGCACACAGAAGAACCAGAGGACGGGAAAGAAGGACCUAGUGACCAGCCUCCCAAUGAGUUUGGCAUAUUCAACAGCCUCUGGUUUUCCCUGGGUGCCUUUAUGCAACAAGGAUGUGAUAUUUCCCCAAGAUCCCUCUCAGGUCGCAUUGUUGGAGGUGUCUGGUGGUUCUUCACACUCAUCAUUAUUUCAUCCUACACUGCUAACCUCGCUGCUUUCUUGACUGUUGAGCGAAUGGUCUCGCCCAUAGAAAGUGCAGAAGACCUUGCCAAACAAACCGAAAUCGCUUAUGGGACACUGGACUCAGGGUCAACCAAAGAGUUCUUCAGAAGAUCAAAAAUAGCAGUGUACGAAAAGAUGUGGACCUACAUGAAAUCAGCUGAGCCAUCAGUGUUCACUAGGACUACUGCAGAGGGAGUAGCUCGUGUCCGCAAAUCCAAGGGCAAGUUUGCCUUCCUGCUGGAGUCCACCAUGAACGAAUACAUUGAGCAGCGAAAGCCUUGUGACACCAUGAAAGUGGGAGGAAAUCUGGAUUCGAAAGGCUACGGCGUAGCCACACCGAAGGGUUCUCCAUUAAGAAAUGCUGUUAACCUCGCAGUUUUAAAACUGAAUGAACAAGGCCUCUUGGACAAAUUGAAAAACAAAUGGUGGUACGACAAAGGAGAAUGUGGCAGCGGGGGAGGUGACUCCAAGGACAAGACGAGUGCCUUGAGUCUCAGCAACGUUGCUGGAGUCUUCUACAUUCUGGUUGGAGGCUUGGGCUUGGCAAUGCUGGUGGCUUUGAUAGAGUUCUGUUACAAGUCCAGGGCAGAGGCGAAACGAAUGAAGCUUACCUUUUCUGAAGCCAUAAGAAACAAAGCCAGAUUAUCCAUCACAGGGAGUGUGGGAGAAAACGGACGCGUACUGACUCCUGACUGCCCGAAGGCCGUGCAUACUGGAACUGCAAUUAGACAAAGUUCAGGAUUGGCUGUAAUUGCAUCAGACCUACCAUAA